GUGAAAUCGCGCUGAUGGUCUGUCACAUUAUUUUCUCACUGACACCGUCUGAGCGCAGGCAGGAGCACCACGCCAAAAUAUCGGCUCAAAAAACACUCCGUAACACACAACUCCUCGUUGCUCCGGUGUUUCCUUGCGUGUCUCUGGCGUGUGAUCGCAGUGGAGGACGCGAGAGUGUGGGAAUAAUAUACGCCGAAAGGAAAUGCCAAUCGCCGCUACUGGUCAUUCAGCGUCUCGAGAGCCCCGCGUGUGUUCCCCGGACCCCGUCCCCAAGCGAGCUGAUUUAUGCGACGACGCCGGGGCCCGGCCAGCUGAAUACGGGGGUCCGGAAGGGGGGCACAGCUUGGGCGGCGCUAGAUUCUCUGGAGAGCACGAGAGCUCCUCAGCGGCGUCUCUUUCCCCACCCACGUCUCCUUUCCACCACCACCACUACCAUCAUCCCCACCAUCACCACCAUCCGGCGACUAUGGAGCCCCCCAGGACUCGAUCGCGAUCACGGUCUGGAUUUUACCACGGUGGAUUAUCUAACGCGAACGGUAACGCCGGGAGCGGCGGUGGUGCUUUGAGUCCUGCUGGAGGAAUAAACCACCACCAUCACUACCACCAUCAUCAUCAUCACCAACAACAACAACAGCAGCAACAGCAUGGAGCUGCCCACGGACACGCGGAAAACCUUCGCCCCACUGGGAGCGUGCUCUCACCGGGCGGCCACAGACACGCGGGGCCCGGGUCGCACAGAAACUCCGGAGCAGGUGCAAUGGGAGGACUAUACCACUAUCGUCCAGAGCAUGCGUGUGCAGACGCCAAUGACAAGACGGACGACUCUCCCAGUCCGAAGAGACAGCGUCUUUCCCAGCAAUCUGUUUUGGAGUUUACCUCGGCCCCUCCAUCCACACCCUCUCCACCUAUCAGACCAUGGGAGCUUCCACCCAGUCGCAGGCCACACCCUUAUCCCCACCCACACUACCACCCCGAACGCUGCCACACACCUGCACGGCACAGGCGCAGUCCUCCAGUGAGGCGUCAGCGCGGCAGACGAGAGCGUUUAUCUCGGCACCACCCCCCUCACGGUUCCCCCGGUGGGGGGCAGGACGAAAACUACCGUCACCCUCCUCACCCGCAUUCUCUUCAUCCAUACGGCCAGCCGCCAUCUCACCCUCCACCAGGCCUCGAUGAGCCCCGGGCCUUCCACCCCCCUACACUCUCGUCUCGGCUAUUGCACCCGCCGCAGCAGGGCGCCAUGAUGAUGGACCUCCACGAACAGCUCCCUCAGGGUACUGUGCCGGUUUCGUAUACAGUAUCUCCAAUGCCGCCCCACGGUCUGCCAGCUCCUCUCUGUACGGGACAGCAUCUCCCAGCAUGCUCCUCUCAGCAGCAGGUGCCUGCAUGUUCGGUGGUCUUCAGUGGACAGCAACACUAUCCAAUCUGUAGUGUACCGCCUCCAAUGUUGCCGGCGUGUUCUGUGCAGCAUUUGCCCAUGCCGUACCCAUUUCCCUCCCUUCUCUCCAGCGAUCCAACCUUUCUCCUUCAUCCUCCUCAUCUCUCACAUCACCCGCCCCACCUCGCUCCACCCGGACAGUUCUUACCCUUCCAGACGCAACAGUCCAGAUCUCCGCUGCAGAGAAUAGAGAAUGAAGUGGAGUUGUUAGGGGAACACCUGUCUGUAGGUGGAGGAUUUAACUACCCUCACUCAGGGCAUCCCAGCCCUCUGCCUCCAUCCACCCCGCUGCAGUUCCUCUCCCACGAACCCCUGCCGCAGGAGCUGUUCAGCAUGCCGUAUCCCCACUUCAUGCCUCGGCGAAUCACGGGGCGACGCUACCGCUCUCAGCAGCCCGUCCCUCCACCUCCUUAUCACCCAAGUUUGCUGCCCUACUUCCUAUCUGUUCUUCCAGUCCAGCCAACAGCAGUGGGUCCAACCAUUAGCUUGGAGUUGGAUGUAGAUGAUGGAGAGGUCGAGAAUUAUGAGGCUCUGUUAAACCUAGCAGAGCGUCUCGGCGAAGCAAAGCCUAGAGGUUUGACCAAAGCUGAUAUUGAACAGCUGCCUUCCUACAGAUUCAACCCCAGCAACCAUCAGUCUGAGCAGACAUUGUGUGUGGUGUGCAUGUGUGAUUUUGAGUCCCGUCAGUUGUUAAGAGUACUGCCCUGUAAUCACGAAUUCCAUGCCAAGUGUGUCGAUAAAUGGCUCAAGGCUAACAGAACCUGUCCCAUAUGCCGAGCAGAUGCCUCUGAAGUCCAGCGGGAUUCUGAGUGAUGCCGUUCACAUACACGCACAUGCACACCACUAAACGCUUCGCUCGUUGUCCUACUGUUACUUUGUUAACUUCCACGUGCAUAACUACGACUCGCACAAAUACUGCUGCAAAAGAAUCAUGAACUUGUAUCAAAAUGUUUUUUAAUACUCUUAUUUUUUUUUUUUUUUUUUUUU